UAACAGUCUAAUUCCCGGCGAAAGGUGCUGUAAUUCUUAGUUUAAACUUGGUCGCGUAAGAGUAAGCGCGUUCUUUGAUUUAAACUUAAUUUGAUACUUAUAAAAAAAUACAAUAUGGAGCUUUAUGAAAACAGAAGUUCAACCGUUGAGUUUGAUCCCAUGUGUGAUAAAGAGAACCCUCAAAGGAUAUCAUUUGAGGAUGUAUCGGCUGCUGCAUUCAGAAUUCAAAGUGGAAUUACUAAAACGCCAUGCGUGAAAUCUCACAUGUCCUCGGUAUACGGUAUGGACAUUUAUCUCAAGAAUGAUUUCCUACAAUACACUGGAAGUUUCAAAGAGAGAGGAGCACGAAACGCAUUGCUUCUUCUUUCACCGGAGGCCAAGGAACGAGGUGUAAUAUCGGCAUCAUUGGGAAACCAUUCCCAGGGUCUCAGUUACCACGCACAGCAACUAAAUAUACCGACCACUGUGGUCAUGCCCAACGUAGCUCCAAUCAUGAAGAUAGAGAACUGUAGGUCAUAUGGAGCAAACGUAAUCAUACAUGGCCAUGAUAUGAAAGAAGCGAAAUACUACGCCAUGAUGUUGGCUAAAGAAAAAGGGCUCGUAUAUAUUAACGGUUACGAUCAUCCUCAUAUUAUGGCUGGGCAAGGGACUGUCGGCUUAGAAAUAUUGGAGCAAGUUCCAGACAUCGACGCAGUGCUGGUACCAGUAGGAGGAGGUGGACUUCUGGCAGGUGUAGCGACUGCAGUCAAACAUCUUAAGCCACAUGUUCUUAUUUAUGGUGUAGAAACUGAAAAAUGUCCGAGCAUGGAGGUUGCUUUAAAUAAUAAAGAACCAGUGAGUGUAGAAAUUCGUUCAACAUUAGCAGACGGUCUUGCAGUGUCUACAGUUGGGUACAAUGCUUUUGUAACCGUCGAGCCACUUAUUGAUAGAAUGAUAACUGUGCACGAGGAUUGGAUUGCUCGUGCUAUUCUGCGGCUUGCGGAACAAGAAAAGUACGUGGUGGAGGGCGGUGGUGCAGUCGGAGUCGCGGCCAUUAUGGCAGGCCACGUGCCGGAGUUGGCUGGCAAAAAAGUAGUAUGUAUCUUAUCUGGUGGUAACAUUGACACGACGAUCCUCGGACGUUGUUUGGAACGAGGUCUUGCAGCAGAACAACGUCUCGUCAAAUUUAAAGUGACUGUGAGUGAUCGUCCCGGUGGUAUCGCGGAACUCUGCAAGCUCAUUGCAUCUAUUGGCGUCUCCAUCAAGGACAUAAUACAAGAACGCGCUUGGGUCUAUGGAGACAUAUUUAGUGUUCGGGUUAAAGUAGUGUGUGAAACUCGAGGUCCAGAACACAUGAAUCAACUCCGAACAUUGAUCACUAACACUUAUAAAGAAUGGUACUUCUCUCGGGAGCCGGAAGAAUUGUCAAGCAAUCGCAGACCGAGCACAGACUCCCUGGAUGAUGUUUCAAAAUAAUUUUCACAUAAAAAAUAAAAAUAAUUAAUAUUUAUCUUGUCAUAAAUAUUAAUUAUUAUUAUCUUAAUUAAGGUUUCCCAUUGGGAUCUUAAAGUAUUACUAUAUAUAAUAGAUAGUAUCGCUUGUGAUGAUAUUAUUCAUCUAUAAGGACGAUUUUUGAACUUUUUCUAGGUGUUUUAACAUUAAGGGUACCUUUCAUAUUACAAAGUUUUAUUUCAAUUAUUUUAUAAUAAAUACGAAAAUUUCAAAUAAUGUAUAUAAUGAAUAUAUAGGUGUUACAAUAGAUAAUAUAUGCAACAUUCGAUUCCAUAGAUUAAAAUCGAAAUAUAUUAUUAUACAUAACCCAUCAAAUAUUGCUUU